UAUUCCCAGGAAGGAGGUGUCACAGUCAGAGUCGGGGAAGACGUGAGAGUAUGUGGAGGCAUUCCGUGUCUUUGGCGCCCUUUUCCUUUUGUACCUCACUUAUGCAAUGUGCAGCAACAGCUCAUGUACAAGAUGCGUGUCACACAGAAAGAAAAGACGCGGAGCGGCUUGAGUAGAAGGAUGCUUGACAGACAGAAAGGAGAGAGCUCUGCAGCAGGAUUCCCACGGUGCUGCUGAACAUAAAACUGCGUGACUGGUCUCCGCAAGCAGAAGGGAGGAGAGAGGAGAGAAGGGAGGAAGGCAGAGAAGAAAGCAGGGGGAGGGGAAGCAGCUCAGUUCAGUGCGGUGCUGUAGCUGAGUGGAUGAGGCAGCAGCAUCAGCACCACUAGCUGUAGCAUCCUCUCCUUUUGUGGAGGCUGGGGUGGGGGGGUGGAGGGAGCUGUCUUGUAGCUGCUGCAGGAUCAACAUUAUCUGCAUACACAGAAACAUAUCCGGUCACCUCGUCACACGCAUCCAUGGCGUGGCGGCCAGAGACAAGGAGGUGGUGGUAAGUGACGGGGUAAGCUCGGGGGACAGGAGGAAACAGGGACGGCUGGAGGGAUCCCAAACGUGAGGAGGGCUGGAGGGACGGUGACUGGAGCAGAAGCAGCAGCAGCAGCGGCAGCAGUAGCAGUGGCACCAUGGCGCAAGCUGCCAAGCAGCUCCGCAAGACCAAGGACCUCGCAGAGGCCGCCGCCCAGGAGCAGCGGGAGAAGGAGGAGGAGAAGAUCAAAAAGAGGAAUCGAUCCAGAGACCGCAGACGCAAGGCGGAUGCAGCCACCAGUUUCCUACGUGCAGCUCGAUCAGGGAACCUGGACAAGGCCCUGGAUCACAUCAAGAACGGGAUAGACAUCAACAUCUCUAAUCAAAAUGGUCUUAAUGGGUUACACCUGGCCUCUAAAGAGGGCCAUGUCAAAAUGGUUUUGGAGCUGCUGCACUCUGGCAUUGAACUGGAAGCAACCACCAAGAAAGGGAACACUGCUCUCCAUAUCGCAGCUCUGGCAGGGCAGGAGAAAGUGGUGGCUGAGCUCGUCAACUACGGUGCCAAUGUUAAUGCUCAGUCACAUAAAGGCUUCAGUCCGCUCUACAUGGCUGCACAGGAGAAUCAUUUAGAGGUGGUCAAGUUUCUGCUUGAGAACGGUGCAAAUCAGAGUCUCCCAACUGAGGAUGGCUUCACGCCCCUCGCGGUGGCCCUCCAGCAGGGCCAUGAAAACGUCGUGGCGCUGCUCAUCAACUACGGCACGAAGGGGAAGGUCCGCCUUCCAGCACUUCACAUAGCUGCACGAAACGACGACACUCGCACUGCCGCUGUCCUCCUGCAAAAUGAUCCCAACCCCGAUGUACUUAGCAAGACUGGUUUCACCCCGCUACAUAUCGCAGCUCACUAUGAAAACAUGAGUGUAGCGCAGCUGCUGCUAAACAGAGGAGCAAAUGUAAACUUCACCCCCAAGAAUGGAAUCACACCUCUUCAUAUAGCCUCCAGGAGGGGCAACAUGAUGAUGGUCAGAUUACUACUGGACAGAGGAGCUCAGAUCGAUGCCAAAACAAAGGACGAGCUGACUCCUCUUCAUUGUGCAGCCCGAAACGGUCAUGUUCGCGUUAUUGAAAUCCUCCUGGAACACGGUGCUCCCAUCCAGGCUAAAACUAAGAAUGGUUUGUCCCCAAUUCACAUGGCAGCUCAGGGGGAUCACAUGGACUGUGUCAGGCAGCUACUGCAAUACAAUGCUGAGAUUGACGAUAUCACACUGGACCAUCUAACCCCGCUUCAUGUAGCAGCCCACUGCGGUCACCAUCGCAUGGCCAAAGUCCUUCUGGACAAAGGAGCCAAAGCUAAUGCUCGUGCUCUGAAUGGCUUCACACCUCUUCAUAUUGCUUGCAAGAAGAACCACAUGAGGUCAAUGGACCUGCUGUUAAAGCACUCUGCUUCCUUGGAAGCUGUCACAGAGUCGGGUCUCACUCCUCUUCAUGUAGCAGCAUUCAUGGGCCAUCUAAACAUAGUAAAGAACCUGCUCCAAAGAGGGGCUUCACCUAAUGCUUCCAAUGUGAAAGUGGAGACCCCCCUCCAUAUGGCCUCCAGAGCAGGACACUGUGAAGUGGCUCAGUUCCUGCUACAGAAUGCAGCACAAGUGGAUGCAAAGGCAAAGGAUGACCAGACACCCCUACACUGUGCGGCUCGGAUGGGCCACAAGGAAUUGGUCAAGCUGCUCCUAGAGCACAAGGCUAACCCUGACUCAGCGACGACUGCAGGUCACACGCCUUUACACAUCGCUGCACGUGAAGGACACGUCCACACCAUACGGAUAUUAUUAGACGCAGGAGCUCAACAAGUAAAGAUGACAAAGAAAGGUUUCACUCCUCUCCAUGUAGCUUCUAAAUAUGGAAAAGUGGAUGUAGCGGAGCUUCUUCUGGAAAGAGGCGCCAAUUCAAAUGCAGCAGGGAAAAACGGUCUGACACCCCUUCAUGUGGCCGUGCAUCACAACAACCUGGAUGUUGUUAAACUCCUGGUCAGCAAGGGAGGAUCUGCACACAGCACUGCCCGAAACGGUUACACUCCUCUGCACAUAGCUGCCAAGCAGAACCAGGUGGAGGUGGCCAGUGUUCUGCUUCAGAAUGGAGCGUCCCCAAAUGCAGAGUCCCUCCAAGGCAUCACGCCCUUGCACCUGGCUUCACAGGAGGGGCGGCCCGAUAUUGUGGCUCUGCUCAUCUCCAAACAGGCAAAUGUAAACCUAGGAAACAAGAAUGGACUGACUCCUUUGCAUCUCGUAGCUCAGGAGGGUCAUGUGGGCAUCGCAGACACUUUGGUCAAACAGGGCGCAUCCGUUUAUGCUGCUUCACGGAUGGGCUAUACCCCACUCCAUGUGGCCUGUCACUAUGGAAACAUAAAGAUGGUGAAGUUUCUUCUGCAGCAGCAGGCUCAUGUGAAUGCCAAAACAAGGAUGGGCUACACCCCUCUGCACCAAGCAGCUCAACAGGGCCACACUGACAUUGUGACUUUACUACUAAAACAUGGAGCCAUGCCUAAUGAGAUCACAUCAAAUGGGACAUCUCCUCUUGGCAUCGCUAAGCGAUUGGGUUAUAUUUCUGUCAUCGAUGUGCUAAAGCUGGUUACAGAGGAGUCUGUUUCCGCUAUGACCACAGAGAAACAUCGGAUGAGCUUUCCUGAGACAGUAGAUGAAAUUUUGGAUGUUUCUGAAGAUGAAGGAGUUUGCCAGCUAACUUUAGGAGAUGAAUUGCUCGGGCUGGAUGGAGCACGCUAUUUGAAACUUGAUGACUUCAAAGACCAGGAUGAUGAUUUUCUCUCCCCAAAGAAAACCCUCAGAGAUUUUGAGGGUGGGACGGGGACCACGCCAUACUCCCCUGCUAUUCCCAGGAUUCCUUGUGUGUCCCCGGAGACAGUGCAGCUCGACCAGCACACGCCCAUCCCUUUACCAAAAGAGUAUGAUGAGGAUUCUCUUAUCCCGAGUAGUCCAGCUACAGAGACCUCGGACAAUGUCAGCCCUGUGGCCAGCCCCAUUCACACAGGGUUUCUGGUGAGUUUCAUGGUGGAUGCACGUGGAGGUUCUAUGCGAGGAAGCAGGCACCACGGCUUGCGGGUGAUCAUCCCUCCCCGCACCUGCGCCGCACCGACACGCAUCACCUGCCGUCUUGUGAAACCCCAGAAACUGACGACGCCUCCUCCACUGGUAGAGGGAGAGGGCUUGGCUAGUCGCAUCAUCUCCCUGGGACCCUCCAGUAUGCAGUUUCUGGGGCCUGUCAUAGUGGAAAUCCCCCACUUUGCCUCAUUGGCCCGUGGGGACCGGGAGCUUGUGGUCCUUCGAAGUGAAAACGGCUCCGUUUGGAAAGAGCAUCGCAAUCGCUAUGGAGAUGAAGUGCUAGAAACCAUUUUGAAUGGCAUGGAUGAAGACUUGGAGAGUCAAGAGGAGCUGGAGAAGAAGAGGAUACGUCGAAUCAUCUCCACUGACUUCCCCCUCUACUUUGCUGUAGUCUCUCGCAUUCAGCAGGAAAGUGAUCUUAUCGGCCCUGAAGGUGGCCGGCUCACCAGCAAGCUGGUGCCCCAUGUGGAAGCAAUCUUCCCUGAGACGGCUGUUACCAAGAGAGUGAGGCUGGGAUUGCAGGCACAACCAAUCCCUGAUGAACUGCUAACUAGGCAGCUGGGAAACCAGGCAACCUUCAGCCCGGUGGUUACAAUCGAACCCCGGCGGCGCAAGUUCCACCGUCCAAUUGGUCUGCGCAUUCCUUUACCUCCAUCCUGGAGGGAAAGUCCACGUGAUGCAGGAGAGGGAGACACCACCAGCUUGCGCCUUCUCUGCAGUGUUAUAGGUGGAACAGCUCCAGCUCAGUGGGAGGACAUUACUGGAACCACCAAGCUGAUGUACGCGAGUAGCUGUGCCAGUUUCACCACCAACGUGUCUGCAAGAUUCUGGCUGGCAGACUGUCCUCGUACAGCAGAGGCAGUGACCUUUGCCAACUUGUUGUACAAGGAGCUCAUGGCAGUCCCAUACAUGGCCAAAUUUGUCAUUUUUGCAAAGAUGAAUGAAGUUCGGGAAGGUCGAUUGCGUUGCUACUGCAUGACAGAUGACAAGAUGGACAAGACUCUGGAACUGCACGAAAACUUCUCAGAGGUGGCCCGAAGUCGAGAUAUCGAGCUUAUGGAGGGCAUGCCGCUGCACCUGGAGUGUUCUGGGAAUUUAGUGCCCAUCCGGAAGGCCACUCAGCAGCCUCGCAGCUUCAGCUUCCAGGCCUUCAGAGACAACAGACUGCCUGUUUCUGUCAAGGUCAGGGAUAGUAACAAGGAAGCCACUGGGUUUCUGUCUUUUCUGAGGAAAUGCACAAAGUACGAGGACUCGCAACACGUCUUGUGUAACCUUAAUAUAACUAUGCCACCUUGUGUCAAGGUUGCUGGGAGUGAGGAACGCAGGCGAACUUUAACCCCUCUGGCCCUGAGAGAGCGCUACAGUGCACUGAAUGAGCCCGGUGUGGCUUCAGUGAACGCCAUGGAGAGAACUGAGAUCAAAAUCAACAUCAUAUCUGAUCAGCUAGGCUUAAGCUGGGCAGAGUUGGCGCGAGAGCUUCAGUUUAGUGUUGACGACAUCAACAGGAUCCGUGUAGAAAAUCCAAACUCCCUUUUGGACCAGAGCUCCGCCCUGCUCAACCUGUGGCUCAGCAGAGAGGGCAAAAGGGCCAAAAUGGAGAGCUUGUACACAGCUCUGAAGAACAUUGACCGUGCAGAUAUUGUGUCUUCACUUGAGGGUCAGGCCCCACAACAGGGGCCCGGGUUGUCAGAAGAGGGGGCCUGUCGUCUGGCUGACAGAGACUCUACAUUGUUGUCUCCUAGUGUCAUUAAUGAGAUCACGGACACAAGGCCUUCACGCAUAGUGCACAAGCCAAGAGUUAUUAGACCCCCGUUUUUCAGAAGGGGUUAUGGGCUGGUGCAGGAGGAGCUUGUGUCCCCGGCCUCCAUGCAGUACAGCUUGCCCUCUCCAUUGGGUGUGGAGCCAUACUGGCAGGAAGUUUCCAGCCUGGAGUGUGCGCCCAUUGCCACCACGGAGGAAGACACACUAAUGGAGAUGUCGGAUGUUCAGGUGUGGCCAGCAGGGGUUAGCCCCUCGCUGGUCACAGUUGAGGACUCAUCGCUAGAUGGUAGCAGUCGAGCAGAUGACUCUGAGGGUGCGACGCUUUCCUUGCCCUGCAGCUUGGGCCGUCCAAGCAGCGGAGCCAGUGGGGCCAGCGGUUCCAUCAUGGAGCUGGAGGAAGAGGAGGAGGAGGAGGAGGGGGAGGUAGAAGAGGAGGAAGUGCCACAAGAGCCAGCGAGUGCACUGGCAGAACUGGACAGGGUGAGGGCCAGUGGCGCUGUUCCAAAGGUCAAUCUGAACGGGCAAGCGGGAGGUCAGAGGUCAGACGCAAGGAGAGGGGACGGUGUGGCGGUGGGAGGAGGAACUAAAGGAGGAGUUGGUGGUGUGGGGCUGGGCUCAGUGGAAGGGAUUUCUCUUGUUGCAGGCCAGCAGGUGUAUGCCCAGCAUGGUGAGAUGACUGGGCUGAGGCCACCGGAACGCAACGGGGACAACCGGAUGGUGGGAGGUGGAGCAUUUCAGCCAUACUUACCAGACAAGGACUCCCUGCAGGGCUGGGUGGGCUCGGCAUCAUCAGGACAUGAUGGAAGUGUGCCAGGCUUGCACACAGCCCAGGAAGCCCUACUGACUCCGGAGACAGGCCAACAAGCUUGGGAGCAGGAGCAGAGGCGAGGCCAGAAAGAAGAGAAGGCGGACUUCUCUGCUGAGGGAAAAUUUGUUGAAGAACGCGGAAUUGCGCUCUCUAGAAAAGUGGGGAUGGAUGUAAGAAAGGGUGCUCAGUCAUUGCAGCGCACCAGUCUCCGGAGAGUUAAACACUGAAAUACAAAUACUGCCCGGUCCUUCAGGACCGGAAACCCACUGCCAAAACACCCACCACAAAAACACGACCGGAACGAAGAUGGAAAUGAAGAAGAAGAAGAAGUGGGGAGAAAGUGGAGAAAACAUACCAGGACAACCAGAAACAUCCUCAACCUGUGAUCAUGAAGCACCACCAAACAAAAGAAGACGAGAACAAAAAGAGGAGUUGAACUUGUAGUUUUAUAACAUUUGUAAAGAAAAAUAUAACUAAACAGAGGCAUGGUAAUUCAUUUUUAUACAAAAAAAAAAACUAUAAAUGUUCGUAAAACAUCUAAGAAAAAAAGCAACAAAGUGCUUCCUGUGAACUGUAAUCGCAUGAUAACUGCUGGUGCAUGCCCUUUGACCUUUUGAACUGUCAUUAUCUACAAACUGAAGGAGUAAAAACUGAAGGUACAGGGGCCGGCCCGUGCAUGGGUCAUAGGUCUGUUUAAAGGACCUCAUCCCCUCUAACUGGAGUCGUUUGUGAGCGAGUUGAGUCUGUUAACACUGCAGCCAAAAAAAAAAAACACAUACAACUCCCUCAAAGGAUGGCUGUAUAUGCAGCAAAGCCUCUGCUGAGCCAAUGCUUCUGUCAUCGGACCCUUUCUCCUCUUAUUCUUAAUGUGAUAUAUGCACUCUAUGCUCUGUGGACAUGUGUGUGCGUGUGUGUGUGUUUAAAUUGCUCUGCCGCAUGUGUUACCUUGCUUCGAGCUCUGCGUUGAGCCUCGCCUGCCCUCCCCUGAUUGGCUUGUUGUCUCUGUGAUGUCACGGCGUGCUCGACCUCUGCAAAGAGAAAGCCGCUGGCUCUUCCACGCUUGUGAGUUCUCGUCUGCGUGUAUCUACGUUUUUAUUUAGAUUUAUCCUUAAACGAGCUCGCUUCCUCUUCAGUAUAUGUCCGCUUUGGUUCUCCACUUUGUUUGACUUUGGUAGAGAACUGAAUCUUUUUAAUUCCCUCGUGUCUUCAGGAGUAAUGUGUUUUAAAGACAUGGGAAUGUUUUUCUUGGAAAUGAGUUGGUUGCUUGGCGGCAUUGCACAGCAGCUCUAUGAUAAAUAUCUUGACUUUUUGACUUUUUCCUUCCUUAUGAGCUUUCUCUGGUUUUUCUUGGUACCAUAUCUCAUUUUGAGCCAUCUUUAUUGGUAGCCCUCGUUUAUAUGCAGUAAAAAUCCCAGGUCUCUUCUAUCCAUUUUACUUCUCUGCUCCAUCUUUUUUUUAUCUGUUUGUGUCAGCUGCGGCAUCUUGCUGUCAAAUAUUUAUUUAUCCAUUCAAUACAAAAGACAUAGAAAGAAGAAAUACUGAAGACGUUGACUUUUAAGACAUUGUUUGGAAAAUUCCUGGCAAGUGUGAAGUUGCAGGUGACAAAAUGUAACGCGUGGACAGAGAGGUAGCACUGUGACUGUCCGGUUAUCACUGACCCCAGACUCGUGAACUUUCUAUAUGUGGCUUGCAAAGGUAUUUAUACUUGGUGAACAUUUUCUCAUUUUAGAACAACAAACUUCAAUGCAUUGUAUUGAGAUUUUAUGUAAUGGUAAAACAGAAAGUAUUGCAUAAUUGUGAGGUAAAAGGAUAAGUAUAUGUUGUUGUUAAUGUUUUAUUACAAAUAAAAAAGUAUAGGAUGCAUUUUCAACAGCAACCCUGCAAUUACAGGUUGCACACAUUGUUUCCUUUGCAAUAAGUUUUCCUAUUUAAAGACAUCAUUUUUCAUUUAAAGCGCCCCCCAUGAGCUUGUUGUUGUGUCAUGCUCUUUCCAUCAAGAAAUGACAAAAACAGUGCUAUAUGUGUCAGAAUACAUCCCCAAAAUAUAUACUGAAGUUUGUGGUUGUCACAUGACAAAAUGUAAAGAUGUUCUACAUAAAUACCUUUGCAAACCUCUGUACAUUCAGAUAUAGAACAUGAAAAAGCACAUAAACAAACAAAAUAAACAUAUGGUUGAAAGAUCAGAAUGUCAGACAGCUUUGCCACAGCAAUAAUACCUAACAAAAAGAAAAGAUGGAUUGAUUGUCCAGCAAUUAUGAUCUGUGAUGUAUUUUUUUUUAUUAUAGUUAUUCAUUGUUUAAAGCACUAACGUAGAAAGUCUAAUUUCGCUUAAGUUAUUUUUAAAAAGUUUGUUUGUUGAGAUGGAGUCACCCAAAAUCAGUUUUGCUUUCGCUGAGUUAUUAAGGCUAUUAGUGUUUCACACGUUUAAAAAAAAAAAUCAAGCUCACAUUACUGAAAGUCAUGUAUCUUUCAACACUUUAUGCAGAAACCGGACAGCAGCACUAUGUAGACUUUGUAUCACAGUAGCACACAUUUCUGGAGCGUCUCAACACUAUUUUAUCCCACAAGUACUGUAACUGCUACUGUAGCCUGAAUGAGUGCAGCACAGAAUGAAUGCACAUAUUUUUCAUAUGCUCUCCAUGCAAGCAACCUUCAUCAGAUAAUAGCACAUGUUUUAUAACUUAUCACAUUUUACACUCAGGUUUGUUUUUUUUUUUUUGUUCUGCUAUGUAAAAUGAAAAUGGGGUUGAAAUACGGAUCGCUCGAUGGAAAAUGAGGAUGAGUCUAGGCAGGAGUACCGGAAACGAGGGUUGUGAAUUUUGUAGUCCUUUUGAAGAGGGAAAUCUAUGUAUUAUUUUUAAUUAUUAUUAUUUUGGGGGACCACAUGAAACAGAAAGGUUUGUGUACAGAUGUGUGUCAGAUUCUAUUGAUUCAGAUGAGACCAAAAAGUACUUUUUAAUGCGUCUGAAUGAGUCCUCCUAACACAUAAACUUAUGUGUUAUCCUAACACAUAUGUUUAUCCUACUUAAGUGUUAGGAUAAACAUAUAAGUAGUGUUUAUCCUACUUCAUUUUCACACCUGACGAACAAAUACUGACCAGAAGCACAGAGAUGACUGCAUUCAUUUAUUUGUUCAUAUCUUUUUAGUUUUUUUAUGUUUGAAUUGAAAUCCAGCACUUUCUAAAAUUACUGGCAGUAGCAUAAUCUUACACUGAAGACUGUAGAGAAAUAUAACUUUGGGGGAGGCAGAAUUAACCUGUGCCACAAUUACUGGAACCUCUAUCAAUUAAUAUAGAAAUAAAAUACAUUUUAAGCUAAGUACUGAUUCAAUGAGUAGCAUUUUGGGGUUACUGUGUUUCCAUAGCAACCACCGGAUGUUAUCUACAUGCUAAUGUGAGGCAUGGGGGAAGAAUAUCUUGUCAGUCCAUCCGUCACAAACUUAAACAUAUAGAGUUUGCUAAGGUCUAAUGUAACUUUAACUGAUAAAUGUAAAUGGACUGCUCUUGCAGUCAUUCUGACCACUGUUUCUCUUUUAACAGCACUGGAAAUCUUGUUAUGGUGCAUUGCAUCAUCAUCUCUCUAACUCUCUAUUAGAUUAUGCUGCUGCAAUAAAAGAUUAAUUUGUUUGAAAGACUUUUAUGUAUCUCUACCCAAUGAAUGUGGAGAAUGCUCCUUGGAAACAUUGUACAAUCUCACCAAAUCAGCUUUAUCUGGAUGAAACAGGGCCUAGAUUCUCGCAAUCGUUCAGCUAUAUUUUAUUCACUAAUUUUCAGAGUACAAAUAAUAUCAGUCAGCUCUAUGUUAGUCUGUACUCAAAUGUAAAAUAUAUUUUGUGUUGUACCUGUGUUAAAGUAGCACUACCACAAAUAUUCACUCUGUACUCCCACCAUUUAGUGCUUUUAUUGAUAACGGUAGCUUUAAAAGGAAACCCUUCGACCUAAUUCAUGACGUGAGGCACAAAGCCAAAAUUUGUAGAUCAGUUUCACAGAUUGUGUAAAAUAAUUUGUAACAUUGGUUAUUGUUAGUUUUUUUUAGGAGAGUUGAAACUGUCAGUUAUACAUUUGAGAAGGUUGACAGCUGUAAAGUUAUUUAGGGCAGUGGUUCCCAACUGGAGGUCAUGACCCUUCUGUGGGUGAUGAAAGACCAUGCGGUGGGCUCUCAGUAGAAUCUCCAAACAUCAACUUAAUUUUAAAAAGGAAUGAGCCCAGCUUAUGUUUGAAAUACUUAAAUAAAAACAAUACUCAGCUUGAGGCUAGCAUAUCUGUCAUUACCCAUGCCAGCCCCUAAGAGGUGAAAGGAUACCAUUGUUGUUGAUAACCUGUAAGGUUUCACUAAAUUAAGCAAAACUAAAAUCUCAAAGAUGUAUGCAUUUGAUAUUACAUUAUUUUUGUAUUGCAUACCAGAUUUUUGCUUCACAUUCAGUGGCAGUUCUGGGAUGGGUUUCAAUCUGCAGCCAGCAAACAUGCAGAUCAUUGAUUCAAAACUCGCAUGACAUGCUCUUCAUUUUAGUUUUUAUUUUCAGAGAGCUUGUGGCGCCCAUAUAAAGAACCACCACUCCUCAAAUUUCUUAUACUGCUCACUUAUAAGAAAAUAUGUUAAACAAUUUUCUUGUUCUUUAAAUUUGUUUCAUCUUUGAGAAGAACUCUCUUGUACUAUGGUAAGCGUCCCUGCCACCAUGUUUGUGUGUUUGGUGUGAAAGUGUGUGAGCAUGACAACACCUGGUUCCAAACCUUGUCGAAUCAGAAGAAGAAAGAAGACAUUUCUACCAAGCAUGUGAGUGAAGAGGGUGUGUAACCUACGACAAUGUAUUUUAAAAUGAGUAUUGUAAAAUAUUAACUGUUGCAAAGAAUAGAGAUCACCUAUACUCCUUUAGACUGGAUACAUGACAGUGUAAACGCAAUAUCAUAUAACUCUAUCCUAAGGAAUGCAACCGCGCACAUGCACAAAAAACGAUGGUUUUUAUGAAAAUGUAUGUAUAAAUAUAUGACAAAAUAUAUUUAAUUAGAAUGCUAUGCACCCUCAUAGAGUUGUUAUGGAUGUUCUUUAAGCAUUAUCUAGUUUAGGCCGACACCCACAUCAUGGGGAAUGUAGAGGCUUUGUAGCUAUGACCAUUUGUUUUCUUUUCUUUUGUAUUGUCCUGGAGAGGAUAAACAAACGUGAAUAUGUAUACAAGCCUUUCGAUCAAACAUGAAGAUAUGUAUAGAUCAUGUUACCCUGUACACCAGCUCUUACCAUUUACAAGACUUAAUAAACAGAAAAGAUGGGACAUAA